GUGCACAGCCAGCCUCUUUACAUUACAUCUGCCUGUCAGGGUUGGCUAUUUAAGCUGUCAUGCCCUUGGUAUUGCUCUUUGUCUGCCUGUGAAUAAAGUGCAGCAUUGUGAUUACUAAUCCCACUCCAGUGACUUGACUUUAAAUGUGGUUUUGGAGCGGAUCCCGGAGUUCUGUUUGCUAAGCUUCCUACUCCUGUUUCAGAGACACCACUGGAGAUCUAUGAGAGAGAGCACUGCAGACUGCCCUCCUCCUGUAGACCUGUCGCCUUUUUCUCCCCCCCCACCUUUUUUUUUCCCCAAAAAACUUCUUGAAGGAAAUCAAUGGAUACCAAAGUGAUCUGUUUAUUUUUCUUUUUUUCUUUGCCUCUGCUGACAGUGGGAAAUCACACUGGUCGCAUCAAGGUGGUCUUUACACCCAGCAUCUGUAAAGUGACUUGUACCAAAGGCAACUGUCAGAACAACUGUGAGAAGGGAAAUACCACCACCCUCAUUAGUGAAAACGGCCAUGCUGCUGACACUCUGACAGCCACUAACUUCCGAGUAGUUAUUUGCCACCUUCCAUGCAUGAAUGGAGGCCAGUGCAGUUCUAGAGAUAAAUGCCAGUGCCCUCCUAAUUACACUGGUAAACUUUGUCAGAUCCCUGUGCAGACUGCCAAUACUCCAAAACUGUACCAUCAUCCACAACAGGUGAACAAGGCUGUAGGAUCGCAAAUUAUCCACUCCACUCAUACUUUACCGCUGACGAUGUCAGGACAGCAAGGUGUAAAAGUGAAGUUCCCUCCUAACAUAGUGAAUAUCCAUGUGAAACAUCCCCCUGAAGCCUCAGUUCAGAUCCACCAAGUUUCAAGAAUUGACAGCACAUCAACGGGACAAAAAGCGAAAGUACCUCAGCCAGGACAUCCACAGGUCUCUUACCAAGGUCUUCCGUAUCAGAAGACCCAGAAAGGACAUACUACUUACACAAAUCAACAACCCAUUCCUCAUAUGUUUCCUGUUUCAGUUAAAACUCAGCUUGGGCGCUGCUUCCAGGAGACUAUUGGGACACAGUGUGGCAAAGCACUUCCUGGCCUUUCCAAGCAAGAAGACUGCUGUGGAACCGUGGGUACUUCCUGGGGUUUUAACAAAUGCCAGAAAUGUCCCAAGAAGCCAUCUUACCAUGGAUACAGUCCUAUGAUGGAAUGCCCACAAGGCUACAAGAGGAUCAAUGCUACAUUUUGUCAAGAUAUCAAUGAGUGUCAGUUGCAGGGAGUAUGCCCUAAUGGUGAGUGCUUGAAUACCAUGGGCAGCUACAGAUGUACCUGCAAAAUGGGAUUUGUGCCGGAUCCUACCCUCUCAAGAUGCAUACCUGAUAAUCCUAUAGUUGCUGAAGAGAAAGGACCCUGCUACCGGUUUGUUAGUGCAGGAAAGCAAUGCAUGCAUCCUCUUUCUGUUCAGCUCAGCAAGCAGCUUUGCUGUUGCAGUGUUGGCAAAGCCUGGGGCCCACACUGUGAGAAGUGUCCGCUUCCAGGAACAGCUGCUUUUAAGGAAAUCUGCCCUGGUGGAAUGGGUUAUACGGUUUCUGGCCCUCACAGAAACAAGCUAUAUCAUCACCCUGCAGUUAGAGUACAGCCACCUGUCAUUGGCAAGACCCCGAUUACUCAACCUGUUGCUAAAGGUACUUCUCCUCCACCUCUCCCAGCAAAGGAAGAGCCAGUGGAGGCACUGACCUUCUCACAGAAAAGUGAGACUGAGAUGGCUGUGCAAGAAGUGGCAACUGCAGCCCCUGAUCAGGAAUUAGCUUCCCUCGAUCAAGAAAAGCAGCCUGAUCUAGAGCCUGGGCAGCCUCAGCUUUCUCCUGGAAUUUCAACAAUUAACUUGCAUCCACAGUUUCCAGUAGUGAUUGAGAAAACAUCUCCUCCUCUGCCUGUUGAAGUUGCUCCUGAAGUCUCUACUUCGAGUGCAAGUCAAGUAAUUGCACCUACUCAAGUUACAGAAAUCAACGAAUGUACAGUUAAUCCUGAUAUCUGCGGAGCAGGACACUGUGUUAAUUUGCCUGUGGGAUACACUUGCAUCUGCUACGAGGGGUACAAACUUAACGAUCAGCAGACAAAGUGCUCUGAUAUUAAUGAGUGUAAUCAGGCACCCCAUCUCUGUUCCCUUGGACGCUGUGAAAAUACAGAAGGAAGUUUCCUAUGUAUUUGCCAAGCUGGAUUCAUGGCCAGUGAAGAUGGAACCGACUGUGUUGAUUUUGAUGAAUGUUCAAGACCUCAUACUUGCGGGGAAGGCUUUUGUAUAAAUACUGUUGGCUCAUACAGAUGUGAAUAUUGUGAUAGUGGAUACCAAAUGAACAGGAGAGGUGAAUGCGAAGACAUUGAUGAAUGCCUGACUCCAACUACGUGUCCAGAUGCACAGUGCAUUAAUGCUCCUGGCUCCUACCAGUGCAUUCCUUGCAGAGUGGGAUUCAGAGGCUGGAAUGGACAGUGCCAUGAUGUAGAUGAAUGUCAGUAUGGCAAUCUCUGUACAAAUGGACGUUGUGAAAAUCUGGAGGGGUCUUUCAGGUGUAUUUGUGGCCAAGGUUUCAAACUGUCUGCAUCAGAGGAUCAGUGUGAAGAUAUAGACGAAUGCCAGCACCGAUCACUCUGUACGAAUGGACGCUGCAGGAACACAGAAGGAUCUUUCAGAUGUAUUUGUAGCCAAGGCUAUACAUUAUCAUCUACUGGAGAUCAGUGUGAAGAUGUUGAUGAAUGCCUUCAAGACAGUGAUAUUUGCCUUGGAGGAAACUGCAUGAAUACUGACGGGUCUUACAAAUGCACUUGUCCAGAUGGUUUCCAGCACAUAGCGAAUAGGGGAUGUCAAGAUAUCAAUGAGUGUGAGAGAUCUGACCUCUGUUCACCUCACGGGGAGUGUCUAAACACGGAUGGUUCCUACCAGUGCAUAUGUGAGCGGGGCUUUUCUGUGUCUGCAGAUGGCCGAACAUGUGAAGAUGUUGAUGAAUGUGCGAAUGGCACAAUAUGUGGCAGUCAUGGGUUCUGUGAAAAUAUGGAUGGCUCCUACCGCUGCCUCUGUUACCAAGGGUAUCAGGACCCACAGGAUGGGCAAGGGUGUACAGAUGUGAAUGAAUGUGAAAUGCUGAGUGGAGUAUGUGGCGAAGCCCUCUGUGAAAAUGUUGAUGGUUCUUUCCUGUGCCUGUGCUCUGAUGAAAACCAGGAGUAUGAUCCGAUGACCGGACAGUGUCGCUUCCGUACCUCACCAGAAUUACCAGUAGAGGCUGAUCAACAUGAAGAUGGAAAGAAGGAGUGCUACUACAAUCUGAACGAUGCUAAUUUCUGUGACAAUGUGCUUACAUCCAAUGUAACCAAACAAGAAUGCUGCUGUACCUUGGGUGCUGGCUGGGGUGACAACUGUGAAAUCUUCCCAUGCCCUGUCUUUGGAACUGCUGAAUUUACUGAUUUGUGUCCUGAAGGAAAAGGUUUCAUUCCCUCUGGAGAAUCAUCUUACGGGCUUCUUGCUCAGAAUUACAAAGAUGCUGAUGAAUGCCAACUCUUUGGACAAGAAAUCUGUAAAAAUGGCUUCUGUUUGAAUACGCAGCCAGGUUACGAGUGCUACUGCAAACAAGGCACAUACUAUGACCCUGUUAAGCUCCAGUGCUUUGACACGGAUGAAUGUCAGGACCCAAACAGCUGUAUUGAUGGCCAGUGCAUUAACACAGAAGGAUCUUACAACUGUUUCUGUACACACCCAAUGGUUCUGGACGCAACAGAAAAGCGAUGCAUCAGACCAGCAGAUUCAAGUGAACAAACUGAAGAAACUGAGGUCUACCAGGAUCUUUGCUGGCAGCAUCUAAGUGAUGAUUUUGUUUGUAGCCGACCUCUGGUUGGAAAGCAGACGACGUAUACUGAGUGCUGUUGCCUAUAUGGUGAAGCCUGGGGCAUGCAGUGCGCACUGUGUCCUAUGAAAGAGUCAGAGGAUUAUGCCCAGCUGUGCAACAUUCCUGUUCCAGGGUCUCGACGGCCAUAUGGACAAGAUGCUUUGGUUGACUUCGAGGAGCACUACACUCCAGAAACUAAUCCAUACUUUGUUGAAGACCGUUUUCUGAACAGCUUUGAGGAGUUACAAGCAGAGGAAUGCGGUAUUCUGAAUGGAUGUGAAAAUGGCCGAUGUGUAAGAGUCCAGGAGGGCUAUACCUGUGACUGCUUUGACGGUUAUCACCUGGACAUGGCCAAAAUGACUUGUGUCGACGUGAAUGAGUGCAACGAGCUGAACAACAGGAUGUCUCUCUGCAAGAAUGCCAAAUGCAUUAACACAGAAGGUUCGUACAAGUGUUUGUGUCUCCCAGGGUACGUACCUUCAGACAAGCCAAACUACUGCACACCACUGAACUCAGAACUAGACAGUGAACUGGAGUAGAGGAAAGUCUCCGUAUCCUAAGCCCAUAUACUCUGCACUGUAUAAAGAAAAGGAAGAAAAGUAUUUAACUUGAGAAGAGAAGGCACCGGAGUAGCGAACAUAAGGGGAGAAAAGCAUUAAAAUGUGUCAAAGGUGUGAGACAUGAUGGGCUGGUAGUGUAUCAGCUUCACUGAAGCGACAGACCAAAUGGACACAUUACUCUGUAUGAAAGAAACAAUCAAGUAUAUAGUGUGUUCAUAAGAAAAAAGUAUCUUUGAAAAUAAGCAAAAACAGUGCUGUUAUUUUAAACAGAAGAGCUUUGGUUUUUUGGUUUGGUUUUGGUUUUUUUUUUUUUACUAUUGCUUGAUUAACUUGGCAUUUAAAUAGUGUUGGAAAUAUUUUAUAUUACUAUGUCAUUUUUUGAUUGUUCAGUUCCUUGCCUACUGUUUCUUUUCAGACCUUUUUUCUGAUCAGUACAAAUUCUAUGAUACAGAUAGUCUUAGGCCAUUUUAUAAGAACUGUUACACAGGGUAAUGCUCCUCCUUCUCUGGAACAUCGGUCAGUGACUUUUUUUUAAUUUGCUAGUUGUCUGCCCUGUGGAGCAGGCACCACUUGUUUUCAAAUGUUUAUAUACCUUGGCGAAAAGUCCUUAUAUUCAUUUUGUAUUCUGUAUGGUUGUUAACUGCACUUAAAGUCUUUAGAACCUUUCUUGCCAAGUUCAAAGCUGCUAGUGGACAACAUUGGAUUCUUUUUGUACAUUAAAACAAAAGAUUUUAGCUCACGUCUGUAUUGUAAUGUGUAAAUUGAACACAAGAGAGAUCUUGUAUGAUUACCCUAACAUGUUAAAGCUGUAUAUUAAAACUCAAUAAAAUCACCUUUUUUUUUAGAAAAA